AUGGACCGGUGGAGCAACAGAGUGGCCGUGGUUAGCGGAGCCAGCGAGGGCAUAGGGGAAGCCAUCGUGCGGCGGCUGGCUGCGGAGGGGAUGAAGGUGGUAGCCCUGGCCAGGAGGGAGGAAAUGCUCAAGAAAAUAGAGGAAGAGCUGACUGAAAAGAAGCUUUUCGUGAGAAGCCAUAUUUGCGACGUUACCAACGAUGACCAAGUACAAACUGCCUUCAAGUGGAUUGAAGAGAACGUUGGCCCUGUCAGCGUAUUGGUGAACAACGCCGCUGCCUUCAAAUUAUCUCAUAUCACUGAUAUGGAAAUGAGUUCUGUGAGGUCAGUGAUCGACACUAACCUAACCGGUUUGUUGGAGACCACAAUAUACGGAUACAAAUCAAUGAAGAAGAACGGAAUUGACGAUGGCCAUAUUAUCAACAUUAACAGCGUUUUGGGACACAGAAUUAUGAUGACAGAUGCUUCUCUUUACACAGCAACAAAACACGGAGUGACAGUCCUGUCCGAAACCUUAAGAAUGGAACUUAAAGAAAAGAAAACUAAAAUAAGGGUGACGAGCAUAAGUCCUGGAGCAGUUAAAACAUCCAUGAUACAGUGGUACCUUGAUCGAAACCCCGGUGCACCAUGUCUGGAACCAGAAGACAUAGCUGAUUCAGUAAUUUACGCGUUAUCGGCACCAGCCACUGUUAACAUAUCAGAAAUUACUGUGGUACCUGUAUAA